AUGCGGUUCCCUGCAACGUCCUCUAUUGCGACGCGCCAUCCUUGCGUACCUUCCCCGCCAUUCGUCGAAAAUCCAUUCCGACGCCCCGAUGAGCAAUUUAUUUCAUUCGACGAAUCCCAGGCGGGGCGGAGCUCAAAGGCGUUUAGAAUUGUCAAUGCGGAUUCCACGACAAUGAGCGUCGGUCAGGCGCCAAUCUUUGUCACCACCAUAUCAACACAACCGUUUCCUGGUCGAUCAGCAAACUCUUUUAAUUCUAGAGCAGAAGCCAACAGCAACAAGACAGACAGUCUCGAAAGGAAGGAUCGCGUGGAGGAAACUGGAUUUCGGCAGUUCCUAUUCACUCUCACGGUCGCAUUAUUGGUGAUGAUCAUCCUUAUUACAUUAGUCUUUCUCUUUACGGGUUCGACAUAUGGCGUGCCAUUUGUCAACAAUGUGCCUUUCGAUUGGCCACCGCCUUCGAACAGUGUCGAGGGAAGAUUUCAGAAAGCCGCUGUCACCACCGAUCACGGUAUAUGCUCGCAAAUCGGAGGGAGCACUCUGAAAAAAGGUGGAAAUGCCGUCGACGCAGCAAUAGCGGUAAUGUUCUGCUUAGGGGUGACAAAUCCUCAGUCAAGUGGCCUUGGUGGUGGAUUCCUCAUGACAAUCUACAACAAAACCGAAGGUAGAUGCAUUGCGAUUGAUGCGAGAGAAACCGCUCCUGCUGCAGCACAUAGAGAUAUGUUCCGCAACGAUAGUGACGGGUCAAAAUACGGGUUUAAAUCGGCCGGAACUCCAGGAGAACUUGCUGGGUAUUGGCACGCAUUUACAAAUUAUGGAUCAGCACGAUUGUGUCAAAAUGGAGUCCCCGUGUCGGAGUACCUCGACAAUGUCAUGAAGGUGAAGGAACGACAUUUCCGCCUUUUCCCCAGCAUGAAAGCGUGGAUAAAUCCAGCAACGAAUAGCACGUACAAAGCUGGGGAUCUCCUACCUCGGCCAAAAUUGGCAGAGACCCUGAUAACAAUCGCCAACUCGGAUGAUCCGGUGAAGCUCUUCUAUCACGGUACAAUGGCUGAAACAAUUGCUAGGGAAAUGGCAGAGGGAGGUGGCAUAAUUACCCAACAGGAUCUCGCCUCAUACAAACCCAUCGUCUAUGAUCAACUAACAAAUCACCACUUCCGUGGUGACCUCGUAAUGUGUGGUGGGCCUCCACCCUCUUCGUUUGCCGUCACGCAACUUAUUGUUUCCUUAAUGAGUGCACUCUACCCAGAUGGACACAAAACGGACAUUCUCAGCGAUCCGAAAGCUAUUCAUCAUUUUAUUGAGUCUAUGAAAUUUGCUUAUGCUCAAAGAACCCUCCUGGGAGAUGUUUCAUUCGUUCCAUCCGCAAUGCAUUUGGCUAAAAAUAUGACAACAAAAGAGUACACCAAAUGGAUUGUAGCAAGAAUGAAGGACAUCGCUCAACCAUCCUCAUACUACGGAGGCAUCAAUCAAACCCAUGUACCCGAUCACGGGACCUCGCAGGUGUCAGUACUUGACGAGUAUGGCAAUGGAGUUUCAGCAACGACAACAAUAAACCGAUGGUUUGGUGCUGCAGUCGAAUCCGAAGCUUAUGGCAUUGUUUGGAACGAUGAAAUGGAUGAUUUCUCGACUCCGGGUAUGGCAAAUGGUUUCGGCUUCGCUCCGUCAGAGACAAAUUUCAUCCAACCCGGCAAACGACCGAUGAGUAGCAUGAGUCCGAUGGUGAUCUUCGAUGAGAAAACCAAGGAGCCACGGAUGGUGAUCGGCGGCUCUGGAGGAUCCAAGAUUAUUUCUGCAGUAGCGAAGGCUAUUGUUCGGCCGUUAAUCUUUGGUGAAACAAUAAAACAAGCCAUUGACUCACCUAUGUUGCACAACCAAUUCACGCCGGAUAUCGCACAGAUUGACGACUCUUUUCCCAAGGAACUUAAAUCUGUCUUGGAGUGGAAAUUUGGCCAGAAAUUCCGAAAUACCACUGGUUUCGAGGGCAUCGUACAGGGUAUUACUAAGGGUCAAGACGGAAUUCGUGCAUGCGGUGAUUUCAGGCGAAAGACAAUUCAAAAACCAUCAGGGAAUUAA